AUGAGCGGGACGGUCUAUGCCAGACCAACCAGAAUAGAAGCCUCCAGCAGAGCAGCGGAGGACGGACUGCCUUUUCCUCCAAUAAGCAGCGGGGACUCAGGCGGGAGACUGAGCUCCAGGAGGAGCUCUCACCAAUCAGGACCCGGGGAUCUGAAGCAAGAGAGACCAGAAACAAAAUGGCAAGAAUCCAAGCAGACUGCUCGAACCACCGGAGGCAAAGCCCCCAGGAAGCAACUGGCCACCAAGGCGUCAAGAGCGCCCUGGCCACCGGCGGCGUGAAGAAGCCUUCACCGUUACAGGCCCGGUACCGUGGUCCGAGAGAUCCGUCGCUACCAGAAAUCGACGUUGCCGAUCUGCAAGCUGCCCUUCCAGCGCCUGAAGGUCAGAGAAAUCGCUCAGGACUUCAAGACCGACCUGCGCCUUCCAGAGCUCCGCUGUCAUGGCUCUGCAGAGGCCAGCGAGGCUUACCUGGUCGGCCUGUUUGAGGACACCAACCUGUGCGCCAUCCACGCCAAGAGGGUUACCAUCAUGCCCAAGGAUUAUAAGAAGCUGGCCCGCCGCAUCCGCGGAGAGAGAGCUUAA